AUGCCCUGGGAACUUGAUGCCCAGGUGCUCGCAGAAGCGCACAGACAGCGGGUAAGGCGCAGGGCCCAGAAUGAGUUCCCCGCUCCCGAAGAGCUAAGAGAAGAGUGCCGCCAAGCGCAAAUGAGGAUGAGGGACCGGUGGAAAAACGACCUGGAGGACUCCCCUUAUGGAGUUCGCACUAUAGGGGCACUCCUCCCGUCGUUCGACCAAUGGCUGGAGAGGGCGCAUGGCAAGAUUGGGUUUAGGCUGACGCAGGUGAUGACCGGGCAUGGAUGCUUCGGUCAUUACCUGCAUAGAAUCAGAAGGGAGGUCAGCACGGUCUGUCAUGAGUGCGGUGACCCGGAUGGCACUGCCCAGCACACCCUAGAGGCGUGCAGUCGCUGGGCGCAGGAACGCCGCACCCUGAUCGGCGCCAUCGGAGUGGAUGAUCUCUCGCUCCACAGCGUCGUGGCGGCCAUGCUGAAGAGCGAGAGACUGUGGCCUCCUUCUGCGAAACCGUCAUUUCACAGAAGGAGGCCUUGGAGCGGGAGCGCGAAAAUAGAGCUGAUGCGCCCCCGAUCCGGCGCAGACGUAGAAGGAGGAGGCGGGCGCAUUUUGCCGCCCGUCAAUACCUCUAGUGGAGUCCGUGGGUGA